AGAUAGUAGGAUAUAUCCAUUGUGCCUGCAACAUUUUUUUAUUUUUAUACACACACAGUGUAAUUAAAUACUAGGAGGUUACAACUAAAAAUAGCUAGGUUGACAAACACUUACCCCACAAAGACAACAGGUCAAGAGGAGACAAAUAAUUCCAAUAUAGGACAGCAUUUUUUAUAUUAGUCAACAUUUCACACCACAACGAACCCUUUUAUAGAUUUUCUUGUUUAUUUUUAUCAAUAUUCUUAUUUAAUUAUUCAUUAUAAUUUAGCCAAUAGUCACGUUUGCAGUAAAGUGGAUAAGCUUAACAAAGAAAAAAACGCUUUAUUUAUUUAGGUACUUCCUCACGUAUUCUAAAGAUUUUAGGACCUAUUUAUUAUUUUAUUGUAAAUAAUGCGAGUCACAUUUAGGUACAUUAUGACUUUAGGACCAAUCGGUAUAAUAACAGUUAGGUAACACUACUUACUUCGUAAUUUUCUCAUUCCUGAUGAUGAUUUCAAUUCAGAACUGCGUACUAAUGUGAUAAGCAAGCAUGUACAUUUUGUUUGAUACCGGUAUACGAACCCGUAUGAAACAUUAGAUACCUAAAGCUGGAUUACUGAAGAAUAUUAAUGUUUUUUACGUUACUGUAGAUAUCUAUUGUGGGUCUAAGCCAGCCGCUUGAUCGUGGCUAACUAGAUUAAACAAUCCAAUUUAGGUAGGUACAGAGGUACAUGUGUUUUGGAUCCAAACGAUUUUAUUAUUGAGAUCCUAUCGAAAUGGACACUGGGCCUAAACAGAGGAGGGAAAUAAAUCCUCGAUAUGGAGCUAACUUGUUUUCUAUCUUGACAUUCGGGUGGACACUGGAAACAUUUAAACUGGGAUACAGUCGUGAUAUUCAAGACAAAGAUCUCUAUGCACCCCUGCCUGAACAUCGCUCCAAUGUUCUCGGGGAUGCUGUACAAAAAGCGUGGGACCGGGAAGUGCAAAACGCCAGGCGGCGCGGAGCAAGAUGCAAACCCAGUCUCUGGAAAGUGCUCAUCAAAGUAUUUGGUACCGAACUCAUGCUGUACGGCCUUAUCUUGGCGGCUAUGGAAUUUCUUAUCAGGUUGCAGCAGCCAUUAUUUCUUGGGCUACUGCUUCGUUACUACAGUCCCGUCCAAGAUGAUAAUCAAACGAACAACUCCACGUACUUGUACCGUUUGUUCUCGUACUACGACAUGGAAGGGAGUGUGUCGUGGGGCGAGGCGGUGUUCUUCGCUUUCGGCAUCGUCUUCUGCAGCACCUUCAACAUCAUGGUGCAACACCCCUUCAUGAUGGGAGUCAUGCAUAUGGGGAUGAAGAUGAGAGUUGGCGUCUGCAGUCUUAUUUAUAGAAAGGCAUUGAAAGUCAACAUCCAGGCGAUGACGGAGAGUAGUGGUGGGUUAGUGCUAAACCUCAUGGCGAACGAUGUCAACCGCUUCGACACGGGACCACUCUUCGCGCACUAUCUGUGGAUAGGACCCGUAGAAACCAUGUUGAUGACAGUUUAUUUGUAUCGGGAAAUGGGCAUGGCAGCAGUGUAUGGAUCGCUCAUCAUCAUAGCAGUCAUACCAUUCCAAAUAUUUUUGGGAACAAACACUGCUUACUACAGAAAAGGAACCGCGGAGAAAUCGGACGAGCGAGUGAGACUGAUGAAGGAAAUCGUUAUGGGGAUGGAAGUUAUCAAAAUGUACACGUGGGAGCAACCGUUUAGGAAAAUAAUUGAUACAGUUCGUCGCCAAGAAAUAUUCUACAUCAAAAUGACAUCGUACAUUAGAGGAGUAAUAAUGUCAUUCAUCAUGUUCACUUCGCGAUUCGGCAUCUUUGUCACGGUGUUGCUGUACGUGACGUAUGUGAACCGCAUCACCGUUGAGAACGUAUUCUUCCUGACCUGUUACUAUAAUAUUACGAAGCAAACUAUGACGCUGUAUUUCCCUCAAGCUGUUGGACAGAUAGCAGAAAUGAACGUAGCUAUACAAAGGAUUCGAGACUAUCUACUGAGUGAAGUCUGCAGUCUUCCUCCCAGACUACAUGUCAACACCCAAGAGGUCCCAACGCAACCAACGCAGAAGAAACGAGUCACUAUCUUAGAACCUAAAAGUUCAGAGGAUCUACAAGCCCCUCAGCCCGGGAGUUCAAAGGAUAAAGACAAUCCGAAAGAAAAAGUUAGAGAGAUCCGCAAAGAUGAAAUAGCGAUACAGUUUGAUAAUGCUUCGAGCAGAUGGUUGCGAUCAGUGGGUAAAGAUGACGUUGCCAAUUUGGAAUUGACGAUUUUUGCUGGCUCCCUUACGACUGUGAUCGGAGCCGUGGGAUCUGGCAAGUCUACGCUACUCCACAUGGUACUGAGUGAACUACCCUGCUCUAGUGGCACUAUGCAAACUAACGGAAGCGUUAGUUAUGCUAGUCAGGACCCAUGGCUUUUCGUUGGGUCUGUGAGACAAAACAUUCUUUUCGGACAGACAUUUCAAAAAUCACGUUACAUGGAGGUCUGCAAGGUGUGCGCGCUCGAACGUGACAUAUCUCUGUUUCCCCACGGAGACAAAACCAUUGUUGGAGAACGUGGCGUGUCCCUCAGCGGAGGACAACGCGCCAGGAUUAACUUGGCCAGAGCGGUUUACAAAGAGGCGGAUAUCUACUUAUUGGAUGAUCCACUGUCAGCUGUAGAUACUCAAGUCGCUAAACAUAUUUUCGAAAGGUGCAUCAAAAGAUAUUUGGCCAAUAAGACCGUUGUGCUGGUAACUCAUCAACUGCAGUUUAUCAAGUCUGUAGAUCAGGUUGUAAUACUGGACAAAGGAAAAAUAAUUGCAAAUGGAGCCUUUGACGAACUUGACGAAAAUGAACUAAAGAUAAUUAAGCUGAUGAACGAAAAUGUGCGUGAAGUACAUGAAGAUGAAAAUAUGCAGGGCGUCCAAAGCACGUCGAUGCUAUUCCAGCAGAGUACUUUAAGCUUGCACAGAAGGCAUUGGUCUAUGAUGCUCGACAAUAGCUGUGCUGACCAAAAGCCUGAAGCAGAGGCACAGACCAUUGGUCGAGUGCAAGGUUCAGUGUACCGCGAGUACUUCAUGGCGGGAGCUCCAUUUUGUUUCUUCAUCAUCGUUUGUUUCUUGUUUCUGCUAGCACAGUUUUGUGCCAGUGCCUGCGAUUAUUGGAUCAGUUUGUGGAGUAACGUCGAGGACCGAUUGUCGGGAGACCCAACAACGGACGUUCUCAUAUGGGCGGAGUGGGGGUUGGGACGAAGGGAGUUCGUUUACAUUUUCGGCAUAAUUACUUUGGCAACAAUCAUGGUCGCUUUGAUACGAGCGUUCUUCUUCUUCUCUUUGUGCAUGAAAUCUUCUAUCAAGUUACACGACCAAAUGUUUGAAUCUAUUUCGCGAUCGCCGAUGAGCUUCUUCCAUAGCAAUCCGUCAGGAAGAAUUCUGAAUAGAUUUAGCAAAGAUAUGGGCGCUGUAGAUGAAAUGCUGCCACAAGCCAUGAUUGAUUGCUUUCAGAUAAUAUUGAACCUGGCAGGAGUCCUAUUGGUGAUAUUGAUGACAGACAUUACUCUUUCGAUUCCCAUCGCAGCUGCAAUGGUGAUAUUCUAUAUCUUCCGCGUGAUCUACAUCAGAACCACUGGAGCUGUCAAGCGGCUUGAAGGAAUCACCCGCAGUCCUGUCUUCGGUCACGUGAACGCCACGAUCCUCGGUCUGGCCACCAUUCGAUCGUUUGGCGCCGAGUUCCUCUUAGCUGAGGAGUUCGACCGUCAUCAGGACCUGCACAGCGCCGCUUGGUACCUCUUCAUCACCUGCAGUCGGGCGUUCGGAUACUUUUUAGACCUCAUCUGUUUGAUGUUCAUCAUGUGUGUCACUUUCAGCUGUUUGAUGAAGACGGAUAUGGACGGCAGUAACGUCGGUUUAGCGAUCACUCAAUCCAUAUCCCUAACUGGUAUAUUCCAAUGGGGCAUGCGACAGUCAGCCGAGAUGGAGAACCAAAUGACCAGCGUUGAGCGAGUGCUGGAGUACACUAAACUACCUCAAGAGUCUGGCUUAAGAAGUUCCCAAGACAAGAAGCCCCCAGCGGACUGGCCAGCAGAGGGCGCAAUAAACUUUGAUAACUUGAGUCUGAAGUACUCUCCCGAUGGAAGCUACGUGCUGUUUAAACUAAACGUCUCCAUACGACCUCGGGAAAAGAUCGGUAUCGUUGGUAGAACAGGCGCGGGUAAGUCGUCCAUCAUACAAGCGUUGUUCCGACUGGCCUACUUAGAGGGAACAGUCACUAUAGAUGGCGUUGAUAUCACCAGUAUCGGAUUGCACGAUUUGAGGGAGAAGUUGUCUAUUAUUCCUCAAGAGCCGGUACUGUUCAGCGGCACAAUAAGAAAGAAUUUGGAUCCAUUCGACCAAUAUCCCGAUGCGCUGCUAAUAAAAGCUUUGAACAAUGUUGAAUUGCAGGCAGAGGGAGACGAGGAUUCUCUCUACAAGCAAGUAGCAGAAGGCGGUUCGAACUUCAGCGUGGGAGAGCGGCAACUCGUAUGCUUAGCCAGAGCGAUCGUGCACAACGAUAAGAUACUCGUGUUAGACGAAGCUACGGCCAACGUGGAUGCACAGACCGACAAGCUCAUACAGACGGCUAUUAGGCUGCACUUCAAUCAGUGUACCGUGCUCACUGUGGCACACAGGCUUAAUACUAUUAUUGAUUCUGAUAAGAUAUUAGUGCUAGACGCAGGCCGUCUGAUGGAGUUCGACCACCCACACAUUCUUCUGCAGAACAAGAAGGGAUACUUCCGCAAGAUGGUCUCGGAGACCGGCAUGAAUAUGGCCUCGCUUUUGCACAAGCAAGCUGCACAGAGUUACAUGAAUAUGCAGGAAGAAAAUACCUCAAAUUAAACGCUCAAGAUUAUUUUUUACAUUAAUAUAUUUUGAUAUUUAACUUACUUUAUAAAUUAACAUUAUAUCUUAAUUUUAUAUUUAAAUAAAUGAUUUCAAAUAAUAUUAAUACGAGUCUUAUACAUUACACAAAAUUAUUUUUUAUUUUCAACGUCUUUUUAAGCAUGAAAUUAACAAUUCGUGAAUACAGUAUAAAAAAGCUUUUGGUUUUGAACCAAAUAUACCUCUAAGAUAAAUAAUACUAUGAUGCCUAUAUGUUCUACAUACAAAUAAAAUGUUAUACAUUACACAGUCUCCAUAUUACAGUUUAAACUGGCCAACUGUAGCUCCAUCCGUUUCUUGAAGCCGUCGACAAUUUUGUCCAUCCGUCUGUAAAACAACGAUAAGAAUAUUUAUUAUCUGUUAGGUAACAGAUAUUUAUAUCUGUCGAUUAAAGUAUCUUGAAUUGUUAUUGUGGAUUAAGGUAUCUAUGUUGAUUAAAGAUUAAAGUAUCUGUAAAUAGCUACAGAAAAAAAAA